GUCGCGUAUCUCCACCUCCACUCCACCGCACCGCACCGCACCAUCAGAAGUAAGCGGCCGGCCGGGCGGUGCAAGGAUAGUCGCAGACACGCGCGCACACAGACACGGUGUGACAGCAAUUGCCUCCGGCGAUGUCCGUUUCCUGGCCGGCGCCGUCGACGUGCGCGGCCGCCGGGGCCCUGCUGGCCGCCGCGUGGCUGCUGUGCUUCAGGCUGCUCCCGGCCGUGGCGAGGCCGAGGAGGCGGGCGAUGAAGACGGGGGCGCAGCUCCCUCCCGGCAGCUUCGGGUGGCCGGUCGUCGGCGAGACGCUGGACUUCGUCUCCUGCUCCUACUCCCCGCGCCCCGAGGCGUUCGUCGACAAGCGCCGCCUCCGGUACGGCAGCGCGGUGUUCCGGUCGCACCUGUUCGGGUCGGCGACGGUGGUGACGGCGGACGCGGAGGUGAACCGGUUCGUGCUGCAGAGCGACGCGCGGUCGUUCGUGCCGUGGUACCCGCGGUCGCUGACGGAGCUCAUGGGCAAGUCCUCCAUCCUCGUCAUCAACGGCGGCCUGCAGCGGCGCGUCCACGGCCUCGUCGGCGCCUUCUUCAAGUCGCCGCAGCUCAAGGCGCAGGUCACCGCCGACAUGCAGCGCCUCCUCGCCCCGGCGCUCGCCUCCUGGCGCCACCAGGGCCCCGGCGCCCGCCUCCGCAUCCAGGACCACGCCAAGACGAUUGUGUUCCAGAUCCUGGUGCGGGGUCUGAUCGGGCUGGAGGCAGGCCCAGAGAUGCAGCAGCUCAAGCAGCAAUUCCAGGAAUUUAUUGUCGGACUCAUGUCCCUUCCCAUUAAGCUGCCAGGGACUAGGCUCUACAGAUCCCUCCAGGCCAAGAAGAGGAUGGCCAGGGUGAUACAGAGGAUCAUACAGGAGAAGAGGAGGAGGAGGGCCCUCGACGGGCCGCCGAGGGACGCCAUCGACGUGCUCAUGGGCGCCGGCAGCGAGGAGCUCACCGACGAGCUCAUAUCCGACAACAUGAUCGACUUCAUGAUCCCCGCCGAGGACUCCGUGCCGGUGCUCAUCACGCUCGCCGUCAAGUUCCUCAGCGAGUGCCCCCUCGCCCUGCAACAGCUCGAGGAGGAGAACAUGGAGCUCAAGAUGAGGAAAACCGACCUGGGUGAAACCUUGCAAUGGACUGACUACAUGUCCUUGUCAUUCACGCAGCAUGUGAUAACGGAGACGCUGCGAGUUGGGAACAUCAUCAGCGGGAUCAUGCGCAAGGCGGUCCGCGACGUCGAGGUGAAGGGGCAUCUCAUCCCCAAAGGAUGGCGCGUGUUCAUGUACUUCCGGUCGGUCCACCUCGACGACAUGCUCUACGAGGACCCCUGCAAGUUCAAUCCAUGGAGGUGGAAGGAGAAGGACAUGAGCACUAGCAGCUUCACCCCUUUUGGUGGUGGGUUGAGGCUGUGCCCGGGCCUGGAUCUGGCCAGGCUGGAAGCUUCCAUCUUUCUCCACCACUUGGUCACCAGCUUCAGGUGGGUGGCCGAGGAGGACCACAUCGUCAACUUCCCCACCGUGCGCCUCAAGGGAGGCAUGCCCAUCAGGGUCACCGCCAAGGACUAGCCGCCUGUCAGCCGGAUCCUUCAAGCAACUCAGCUCAGCAGUCAAGUUAAACGUGCACAUAUACAUAUGGGUUCAAUGCUACCACAACUCCACACGCAUGGUGUGGUAUCUUCCAUCGCAAGGUUGAAGGGUCCUUCAGGAAGCUAGCUAGGCAGGCAGGCAGGCAACAUCUGAUCUGAGCACAUAGGUAUGGCCGUAUGGGCGAAGUAUGUAUGAGUGUUGUAGGGGAGGGUUAAUUAGCCGAGAAGUAGCCGUGGGGUGGAUGGAACCUGGUCGCUGUAGCAGGGUUAAGCAAUAUAUAGCCGAGGAGGACUCCUGAAUCUCCGAUCGAUGACGCUGUUAUAGUAGUAUAAGCAAUAUAUAUAUAGCAACUUAAAGCAAAGUUCGGAAUA